GGCGGGUGCGCGACGGCUGGAUUUGGAGCCUUGAGGGAGAGGGGAAGAAAGGUGGGGAACGGGUGUAAGAAGGAGAUGAGGAUUACGGGGAGAAAGGGUUAGAAGGCAGGGAGAGGAGGAGUGAGAACAAGCCAGCCCGGGAGGUAGAAGGAGGCAAAAAACCAGGGAGGGUAUUAAGGAAGCCGGACAGAGAAUGAUGUUAGGAAGACCAAGACUGGCAAGAGGGAUCCUGGGGGUAGGUGUGAGAGCAGGGGUCUGAAGGGGAAAGCUGCUCAGGGGAUGGUAGUGCGGUGAGGGAUGCUGGGGUAAGAGUUGGAAAUGGCAGGCAAGGGAGGACAGAGCUGGGGUAAUAGUUGGGAGUAGAAGAGAGAGUGAUUAAGAGCCAGACGUGACAAGGGUGUGAACUAGUGUAGAGCGAGAUGAGCUGAAGGACUAGGACCGGCUGAGGGUUGGGAGCUGAGACGUUCUGAGAAAGGUAUGGGUUAGUGGGUGGGCAGUGGGUGUAAAUUCUUGAAAGUGAGGGAGUGUGAAUGAGACUCUUGUACUAGUACUAGGUGGAGUUAGGAACAAGUGUGGUGGAAGGGUGAAAGGAGAUAGAGGUGGGAGAUGGAGCUUUUGUCAGACAAUUCGGGGACCAGAAAGGCUGACAGGAGAAGAGAGUAAGGUGUAAGAAGUGAUGGCGGUCUGGGACAGGGUAAGUGGUGAAUCGUAUUAAUUGAUGAGGCUCAGCAAGAUCCAAGGUGAAAGAGUGAGGGGAAGAGACAGGACUGUAGGUGGAGGGUGAGAGGAGCAAGACAGAGAUGGGCCCCAGAGAUGGAACCUAGGAGGGUGGGAUGGGCAGUAAGGGAAGAGAACAGGGUUAAGGGAAGCUGGGGGAGUCUGCUGGAUGCAGAACUGGGGUAGACCGCACUGGGCUGGGAAUCACAAGCGCAUGUUGUGGGGAGAUGCUCCAGAAGGUCUGCUUGGGUCAGGGCACAGACGCUGUAGCGAAGGAUCAAGUGUAGGGAGCCUUUUGGAGCAGCAGAGGAGGAACCAUGACUCUUUGGAUGGGAAGAGACCUUGAAAGGACCUCUAGUUUACCCUGCAACUUCAGUCAAUAUCCCACUUAAAUCAUCCCAGAUUUACUGCCAUUUUAAUGGAGUUACAGAGGGAGGAGAGAAGUAAUAGAGAAGAGGAAACCUAACCAAUGAUUGUGGAAUAAUAUGGAAGAAGAUAGAAAAAACUUGUUUAAUGGGUUGAAAGAGUGGAGACUUCUCUAAGACAUGGAUAGAUGCAAACAUGUAGGGCGGUUGCGACUGGCCCAGGACCACUCCAUCCUGAACCCACAGAAGUGGUGCUGCAGGGAGUGCACCACCACUGAGUCGGUGUGGGCCUGUCUCAAGUGCUCCCACGUGGCCUGCGGCCGGUACAUCGAGGAUCACGCCACGAAACACUUCGAAGAGACGGGACACCCAUUAGCCAUGGAGGUCCGGGAUCUCUACGUGUUCUGUUACUUGUGCAAGGACUACGUGCUCAAUGAUAACCCCGAGGGGGACCUGAAGCUGCUGAGAAGCUCCCUCUUGGCUGUCAGGGGCCAGGAGCAGGACCCACUGGUGAGGCGCGGGAGGACGCUGCGGUCCAUGGCCUCCGGCGAGGACACGGUCCCGCCGCAGCGCGCCCCUCAGGGACAGCCGCAGAUGCUCACGGCUCUGUGGUACCGGCGCCAGCGCCUGCUGGCCAAGACGCUGCGGCUCUGGUUCGAGAAGAGCUCCCGGGGCCGGGCCAAGCUGGAGCAGCGGCGGCAGGAGGAGGCGCUGGCGCGCAAGAAGGAGCAGGCGCGGCAGCGGCGGCGCGAAGUGAAGCGGCGGCUGCUGGAGGAGCUGGCCAGCGCCCCUCCGCGCAAGAGCGCGCGGCUGCUGCUGCACGCGCCCCGCGCCGCGGCCCCGCGGCCCGCCUUGCCGCGCCCGCCCGCCGGGGGCCGCCUCACGCCGCGCCGCGCGCCCGCCAUGGCGCCGGGCGUCACGGGCCUGCGCAACCUGGGCAACACCUGCUACAUGAACUCCAUCCUCCAGGUGCUCAGCCACCUGCAGAAGUUCCGCGAGUGUUUUCUGAACCUCGACCCUUCCAAAACGGAACAACUGUUUCCCAAAGCCACCAACGGGAAGGCCCCGCUCUCGGGCAGGCCGGCCAGCAGCUCGGCCACCGAGCUGGCGGCGAGGAGCGACCGGGCCAAGUCGUGCGAGCGGGAGGGCCUCUACCUGAACGGCGGGGCCUCCAUCAGCAGGAGCCUAGAACUCAUCCAGAACAAGGAGCCGAGCUCGAAGCACAUUUCCCUCUGCCAUGAACUGCACACCCUCUUCCGAGUCAUGUGGUCCGGGAAGUGGGCCCUGGUGUCACCCUUCGCCAUGCUCCACUCGGUGUGGAGCGUGAUCCCUGCCUUCCGUGGCUACGACCAGCAGGAUGCGCAGGAAUUUCUCUGUGAACUGUUGCACAAAGUUCAGCAGGAACUCGAGUCUGAGGGGACCACGCGCCGGAUCCUCAUCCCCUUCUCCCAGAGGAAGCUCACCAAACAGGUCUUAAAGGUGGUGAAUACCAUAUUUCAUGGGCAGCUACUCAGUCAGGUCACAUGUGUAUCAUGCAAUUACAAAUCCAAUACCAUUGAGCCCUUUUGGGAUCUGUCCCUGGAAUUCCCUGAACGCUAUCACUGCAUAGAAAAGGGCUUUAUCCCUUUGAACCAGACAGAGUGCCUGCUCACUGAGAUGUUGGCCAAGUUCACAGAGACAGAGGCUCUGGAAGGGAGAAUCUACGCUUGUGACCAGUGUAACAGCAAACGACGAAAAUCCAAUCCAAAACCCCUUGUUCUGAGUGAAGCUAGAAAGCAGUUAAUGAUCUACAGACUACCUCAGGUCCUCCGGCUGCACCUUAAGAGAUUCAGGUGGUCUGGCCGUAAUCAUCGAGAGAAGAUUGGGGUCCAUGUCGUCUUUGACCAGGUAUUAACCAUGGAACCUUACUGCUGCAGGGACAUGCUCUCCUCUCUUGACAAAGAGACCUUUGCCUAUGAUCUCUCCGCAGUGGUCAUGCAUCACGGGAAAGGGUUUGGCUCAGGACACUACACAGCCUAUUGCUACAACACAGAGGGAGGUUUUUGGGUCCACUGCAAUGACUCAAAGCUGAAUGUAUGCAGUGUUGAAGAAGUGUGCAAAACUCAAGCCUACAUCCUUUUUUAUACUCAAAGAACAGUUCAGGGCAAUGCAAGAAUUUCAGAAACCCAACUCCAAGCUCAGGUGCAGUCCAGCAACAACGAUAAGGGCAGAUCACGGACCUUCCCCUGAAUGGGAGGCACAUAUCAAGGACUGGCUUGCUUUUAAACUAUUGGUGUCUGUAUAUCUUCCCUCUUCUAGGAGAUAAGGUUUACUGCAGGAACAGAUUACUAGGUUUGCCUCACUGGGUCUAGAGCAGAAAGUGCCAGCUGACUCCUGUCCUAUCUUAAAAUUUAUAGUCACUUUUGUUUGAAUGGAUUUUGAAAUUCCCUCCUUUGAUAAAACAAAUCAAAAGGAGUAACUUCUAUGAAGAGUCUUUCAUCAGUUGCUUCUGAAUAUAGAGGGAUCUGGGUGGAGGAAAGGGAGGAAAUUGAUCAUAUCCAGCCAGGAGGGCGGCCAUGUUUUCUUUCCAUUAUAUGAUUCCCUUGCUAAUCAGGACCUCCUUGCAGACCUCCAGAAGAGCCCUCCUGAUGUGAGCAGCCCCGGACAGAGCACGUGAGGAGGGACCCUGGGCUGGCAGCUUGCUGAAUGGGAUUGGUUCCAAGGCAGGAGGUGAAGUCUAAGGAUUUGUUCGUACAAAUGAAGUAACCCUCAAGGGUUGAAAACUUGCAGACUUCCAUUUUUAGGGAAGAGCAGUUGAAGAGGGGAAUGAGAUUCAGAGAGCAAAAUUUCCCCAUGCAUAAUGGGAGAUUUUUUUCACCUGCCUUACCCUCCUUGGCUGCUGCUGUCAUUUAAUUAUUCCACAUCUUCUGAGAUGGCCAUGAACGUCCUUUCAUUCUAAAGGAGCAAUUCAGAAGGGAAAGCAGCUAACUGGUACAUGACAUGUUCUCUGUUGUGUGCUGAGCCUAAAGGCACUCCUGGCUCAGCCCAGUUAUUUAGCAAACACCUGCUUCAGGUCUAGGGCAAGCACAUGGCUUGGUUUGAAUUGGUCUUUAGGUCACUUGUCUGAGGCAUUCUCAGAAUGCAGUCGAGGGUGAGCAGGGAUAGCUGGUGGUCCAAGGUUCAUCUGAAUGUCUGUCACCCUUCUUACCUUGGUGCAGUGUGCAGCUUUUCUUAACCUGCAACUUCUUUCUAGCACCUGGAGGGUUAGAACAUUCUUGAUCAACACAAGGUUUGGGAGCUUUUGCAUUCCUAGGGUUUACAAAUAUGCCCCCUGUAUGUCCAAACAGUUUACUGCUGAUGGCCUUGGCCUGUUUCCUCCCAAAUCUGAUAAUCCUACGGUUUCUUUGCCCACCCACACUCAGUCCAUCAGAGAAAAAAGCAAGAAUCCCGUGUCCUUUACUCCAGUGCUAGUAAAAUACAUCUUUCUUUUUAAACUGGGUUAGUUUCUAAGUGGAAUGAAAUUGCCAAGAUGGAAACCCUCCUCCCAGCAGGCACCACUGAACUUCCCUCCUUAAUCCUUUGCUUAGACUUUGCCAGUAAAAGUGAAUGCAAACCAUAACUGUCAUUGUAGGGUUGCUGCAGCCUGCCUCACCCUGUCAUUAUGAAUGCUCAUCUUUUGACUGAGUAUAUCAUUAUUAACAUAUCAAUUCAGGUAGAAGUACAGUUACCACUUGAAGGGAGUAGAUGUGGAAAGGAGUUUGAGGAUGGGUGGGAAGUUGGGAAAAGAGGGUCAUAGCUUUAGUGAUUUGAUGAGCCACAUUUCCCAAACAGAUCUGUUUGUAGCAUUUGCUGUUGACCUCUUUUAAGAUGAACUCUCCCAUAGGACCCGCCAGACAGCACUGAGACAUGGGAAAUUCAGAAAGAAAAUGGCUCACCCUGGUAAGGAAGGGUGAGUGACUAUAUUUUGAAUAAAACUUGCUUUUUCCAACAC